GGACAACUCCAGCAAAGAACAUAAAGCGCAACAACAACAAAGGCCAGACAACGCAGACGGCAGAAACUAUUCAUCUUCAAAAAAGAGGCGCUUUAUUCUACUUGUUUUAUUUGCUAAGAUUUUGGUAUUAUAUUUGACACCAGCCUAGGUCUCAUUAUGAGAUACUGUGCUUUAGCUGUGUGUUUAUUUUGGGGGAUGAUUGUGCAGGAUGCAUGGAGCCUUCCCUUGACGUCCACCGUUGUCACUUUCCCAGGAGACAUCAUCAAAACCAUGAGUGAUACAGAGCUGGCAGAAAGUUAUCUGAACAAGUUUGGAUACACAAAGACGCUACACCGCAGUGGUUUUCAGUCCAUUGUGUCCAUGUCCAAAGCUUUGAAAAGGAUGCAGAGACAGAUGGGGUUGGAAGAGACUGGACUACUGGACACACCCACACUUGAGGCCAUGAAAAAGCCUCGCUGUGGAGUCCCUGAUGUUGCCAACUACAAAACCUUUGAUGGAGACCUUAAAUGGGAUCAUCAGAACAUCACUUACAGGGUCUUAAACUAUUCUCCGGACAUGGAAGCCUCUUUGAUUGAUGAUGCCUUUGCCAGAGCUUUCAAAGUGUGGAACGAUGUGACGCCUUUAACAUUUACCCGCCUGUCAGACGGCACAGCUGAUAUCAUGAUUUCAUUUGGAAAACGCGACCAUGGAGACCCGUACCCUUUUGAUGGUGAAAAUGGACUCCUGGCCCACGCCUAUCCUCCUGGUGAGGGUCUGCAGGGUGAUGCCCACUUUGAUGAUGAUGAACACUGGACUCUGGGGAAGGGACAAGUUGUGAAGACUCGUUAUGGAAAUGCUGAUGGCGCCUUGUGCCACUUCCCCUUCACUUUCGAGGGCAAACUGUACCGCACAUGUACCACUGACGGCCGCUCGGACAACCUGCCCUGGUGCUCUACCACAGCCGACUAUGCAAGGGACAAGAAAUAUGGCUUCUGCCCAAGUGAACUUCUGUACACAUUUGGAGGAAAUGCAAACGGGGCCGAGUGUGUCUUCCCCUUUGUCUUUCUGGGGAAAGAAUAUGACAGCUGCACCACAGAGGGUCGUAAUGAUGGAUACCGCUGGUGUGCCACCACAGGCAAUUUUGACGAGGACAAAACAUAUGGCUUCUGUCCGACUCGAGAUACUGCUGUAACAGGGGGAAACUCUGAGGGGGAGUCCUGUCACUUCCCCUUUGUUUUCCUGGGUAAGACUUAUGAUUCCUGCACCAGCGAGGGGCGAGAAGAUGGCAAGUUGUGGUGCAGCACCACUGACAGCUAUGACGAGGACAAAAAGUGGGGCUUCUGUCCUGAUCAGGGUUAUAGUCUGUUCCUGGUGGCAGCCCAUGAGUUUGGACACGCCCUCGGUCUGGAUCACUCCAACAUCAGAGAUGCCCUCAUGUAUCCCAUGUACAGCUACGUGGAAAAUUUCUCCUUACAUGCAGAUGACAUCGAAGGCAUUCAAUAUCUCUAUGGAAGUAAAACAGGCCCGACCCCACACCUCCUCAACCCCUGACACACCACCUCCAGCCCAGAAACUUGAUGAGACUGAGCCCCACAGAUAAACCUGAACCUACUGAUUCCAUCCCACGACCUGUAGUAUCCAACCAAAGAUGCCUGCCAAAUGGACAAGUUGACACCAUCACUGUGAUCCAGGGACAGUUACACUUCUUCAAGGAU